AUGGCCGAACCAGCUUCUUCUUCUAAGAAAGACUUAAUAGUCUGUGCUGAUCAUGAGGGGGAGGAAAGUGGGUGGACUUCGUACUUCGAAGAUUUCUCAUCAAAUACAGAUUCUUCUUGUUUCAGUUCGUGUGGUGGUGGCUCUUCCCCUUUGGUCUCAGAUGCUGCUUCUUAUUGUGCUGCAUGCAAAUCCUCACACCACCACAACCAUCAUCUUCUUUCCUCACUCUCUUCAAAUAAUUAUGGGGUUCCCCCAAAUCUUCCUGAUAUGAAGCUCAGAUUCAAGAAAUCACGAGCCAACUUGAUUUCAGAAGAUGACCCUUUGGAGGACACUGCUACUUCUCCUCUCAACAGUCCCAAGGAUGGAGAUUUGAAUCCAUCUGAGAUGAUUUCCAGAAAGACAGCCGAACAUGAUCUAUAUGCUGAUUCUACGAGUGAAAGAUUUACAUCGGAGAAUAUCUCAGAUUCGAAGAGAGAUGAAAUUCCCAAGAAAACCAAAGGAAAGAACAACAUGAACUACAAAAACCUGAAGAAAAGAGGGCUCAGUUUGUUUCCCUUGUCCAUGUUGGUUAAUUAUUUUGGGUGACUGAUCAUAAUAAUUUGCCCAUGGCUCGUCUCUCCCCCCCCCCCCAAAAAAAAUCCUUCCCCUCCUUUUUGCUCUUCCUCUGCUUAAAAUGCUGGAGAUGCACACAGAAUACAAUGACUGUGGUAUUUUGAUUGUUAGUGGCGAGAAGAGAGCUGUUUAAGUUUGGCGUAGGUAAAAAGCAUAAAGAGUGUAUUAUUGGUACAGUGUAUAAUAGCGAGGUCUCUAUUAUUUCAUGA